AUGUUCAAGUUGGCGGGUGCUGGCUGGUACAAGACCCUUUGCGUUUUUGCCCCAGACACGACUGCGGCGUACAUGUACCUCGUUUUGUUGCUGCUGGAACGCCUUCUACGCUCUGUCUAUCUUCGAUCCCGUGUUUGCGGACGCUCGUCUACCCAAAACCACCCUUACGCAUUCGAAUUUACCAUUGUGUUAAAAAAACCCCUCUACGGCAUUCUUUCUACCAGAGUGCUUGGUUUUAUCAUAUGGUCUUACCCUGUUCUUUCUUUUUUACGACUCCGGUUUCUCCCCGUCAAAAUCUUUCCAUUGGCCGACUUUCACUUGCCCAAGUGUAAAUCCGUCAACUUCUCCGAUAUACGACAUCACGACUCGCCGCUCCCGUUCACACGUGCAGCAAAUCUCGGAUCAUUGAUGGCUGGACUGUCUUGCUAG